AUGGCUUCAACCGCUAAGUCGGUCGGCCAGAUCAAACGGGUGAAGACCGGAUGCAUUACUUGCAGAAUCCGUCGUGUUAAAUGUGGCGAGGAGAAACCGCACUGCCGCCGCUGCGUCUCUACCGGCCGCAAGUGUGACGGUUACACGCCCAUCCCAACAUCUAGGGGCCAACUUAUCAUUGCGCUGCGAGAGCAGAAUAACGCCAGAGGAUCCGGUACUCCUUCGUUGACCCUCACGGUCAGUCCAAUCAGCUUUCUGAGCUCCAACGAAGCCAGCCAGUUUGAUUACUUCCGUAUGCGUACUGCCGUCAAAACAAAUACGUUCCUCGGAGCUGACUUCUGGUCUCUUUCUGUUCUCCAACUGAGCUACGUCGAACCGUCCAUGAAGUAUGCUGUUUUGGCAUUGAGUGCUCUACAUCGACGUACAGAGUCUCGCGAUCGCGCUACCGAGGCUGAAGCUUGGCAUCUUAAAGGCCUUGUUCACUACGGAAAUGCUGUGAAUGCCGCUCAGAAGCUUCUGCAGCGUGCUCAAGCAAGUAUCAGCUCUAGCGAGGGAACGAAGGCUCUUGCGACAUGCCUCGUUCUCUCCGUCUUCGAUAACCUGACCGGAAACUACAAGUGUGCGCGGAUGCAUUUGCAGAGUGGCUUGCGACUGGCUGAUGAACGCAGCGCGCAGCCAAGGCAUACUGCUCCUACGAUGGAGGCAACGUAUGGAGAGGUCACGCAUCUUCUAGAGCGUUUGGACCUCCAGGCCAUGGCCUUUUCAGACUUUGCAGCACCGUAUCCAUACCAAGACGGUGCUGCGAGGCAUAACAUCAAUGUGCCGCUGCCAGAGGCAUUUUCCAACAUCUCAGACGCUCGCCAGCACCUGAUCAGAAUCCUGCGCUUAUUUCAGCCUGGGGGUCCUACAUCCACUAUGACAAUACGCUGUCGCGAUCCAGCUGUCCGACGGCGAGCUAUCGCGCUGAUGAGAGCUACGCAUCGGGUGGAAGGGUGUUGGGAAAGCUAUGGCGCGGCCGCUGUGGCGCAGCGAGUAAUGGAGGUUGAAGAAGGUUUCCUGGGUCCUGAUGCGGUAAUUACGUGCGCAGCGGACAUUCCUCAGGAAGCAAGAUGCCACUCUAUCAUCACGGGGGUGAGAAUGGUCGAGAGACAGGUGGACAUGCAACUUGUGAAAAUACUAGACGGAAGUUGGUAUAGAGUUAGGGAGACG